AAAAUAAAAAAAAAAAACUAUUGCUUCGACGAAGACAAAUAUUCUCUUUGGGGAAAAAGUGAUUGAAUAUUACCAUGUGUUAUCGUAUUUUUUUAUGAGGUAUAAUAAUUUUAGUGUCUUCUAUGUUUUCUAUAUGAUAUUUCUAAUAAUAUCGUUUGUGGGGUAAUGGAGUCACCACCCUUCUCGACACAUUCCGAAGCGCCUCCUUUAAGUGAAGACAGUGGUUUACUGAUCACAAGUGGCUCUUUUUCAAGUGAUUCUGCAAGCGGAUGGCAUCACGUUGCAUCGGAGGAUGUUCCUGCCCCAGUAAAUGUGGAUAAAUGUACGGCUGUGUAUGUGCCUCCAUCUGUUGUUUUUACCAAUGAGCCUAUAAGUAAAUUAAAAACGUCGAACUUAGAUGUAUCUAGUAGUACAAGGCGCUUGUCGCCUUUGUACCCAAGAAAAUUAAAACCGGAGUGUUUGUAUGAACGUCGUCAAGGACUAAACCACAGAUUUGCAAGCCCGAGACUGUUGCACUUAAGCCCUUGUCGCGGCACCAGACCAUCGUCGCGGAAUUCGCUUUCGUCGCGGCUGUCCAGUAGCCACAACUCGCUCGUAACACAAUUCCAAGCGGAUGACUCGAGCUUUAUAACACAGGCGAUAUCGCAUGACACUUUGCCUGCUCAGAAGUCUGAUAUAACUGACAUGUACAAUGUUCCUUUCGACAGCGACAUUUAUGCUGUCCCUAUAGACAUGGUUCACCCUAGUCAUAGUAAUAUGAGAAACAAAGUUAAAAAAAGUGCAAGAACUAACAAGAAACGUGUAAAGAGUACUCCGCAGAGUACUGCAAUUAUUAACGAUACGGUGGAAAAGAAUCAAAAACCAAAGGAAUCGAAUAGACAUAAAGACAUUAAAACUAAAAGACACAGCUUACCGAGCUCUUCGUUUAAGAAAAGCGCCACAGAUUCCGACACAGACUCGCUACAUUUAACGUUACGAGAAAUGAGGAAGUACUUGCAUACUCUCUAUUCUAGUUCCAGUGAUUCAGAAUGUAGGAAUACAAUACAUAAAAAGAAUAACACAAUAGUAACAAGUGUCGGAAUACACUCCAGACAUGUGAAUAAAGAGACCAGUUCUUCUGCUUUCUUGAAAGAAAAUGUUGAUAUAUCGAGGACUAUCGAAACAAAUAAUAAUCACAGAAAAACAGCAAAGAAUUCGUUUGGUAUGAAUACUAAGCAUAUGAAACAUAAAGAAAACAUUACAAAAGACAUUUUAGAAGUUAGUAAAAAUGACAAACUGGUGAAAAAAAACAUUUCAAAUCAGAACCAGAAAGCCAAGUUGUCGCCUGUUAGAAUUUUGUCCCUUAAUUUAAAACAAAGUUUCUGUAAUCUUUUUCGAUGGCGAAGGCAGCCUGUGGUAGAGAAUAUUACGGAAAUAGCAAGAGUGGAUGGGAGAGAAGACACGCCUCCAGCAGUUGUCCGUCGGGCUUUGCCGCCGCUGCCGCAGUCUCAUGCCACCUCGCACUCGUCGAGACGACCUGCUAACGAGGACGACACUGUUAUGGAUUUUGCCACGUCGAUACAGAAAGUCAAAGACUAUGGGUGGUAUUGGGGCCCGAUAUCAGUAGAAGCAGCAGAAAAAAUACUUUCCAAUGAGCCGGACGGUUCGUUUAUAGUCCGGGACAGCAGCGAUGAUCAUUAUAUAUUUACGUUAACGUUCAAGUUGAAUGGUCUUAGGCAUGUAAGGAUAGAACACGACCAGGGUAACUUCUGUUUUGGAGGCUGUACAAUGUUCAAGGCGCAAACUAUAGUCGAGUUCAUAGAGAAUGCCGUUGAAACGUCUCGUAGCGGUAGAUAUUUGUUCUUCUUGAAUUUGCGACCUCUACUGGGCCCCGUAAGGGUACAACUUUUGUACCCUGUGUCCAGGUUUAAGCGAGUGCAGAGCUUACAGCAUAUGUGCAGGUUUGUGAUACUGAAGUACGUUCGACGCGACCUUAUAAGUAACCUACCUCUGCCCCGGCGGCUACUUGACUACUUAAGCGCUACGCAUUAUUACUCGGAACUUCUCGCUGAUAUUUAGUGUCAAGUGUCGAGUGCGAAAGGCUAUCUUGCCGCGUCUUUGACUUUCUACAACACACCUAUAUAUAAUGUAAGGUUGAUUAAUUGCAAUGAGUUACAUUGGUUUGUAAGUAUUACUGGCGUAUAAUUUUAAGUAAAAUGUAUUUAUGCGUAUUUAUAAAAGUCUCUUAAUUUAUUUAUUACUAGUACAUUCACCCGUGAUUCAUGAUAAUUCUUCAAUACAUAACAUAUUUUGUACAGAGUUUGAUAAAAUCAAUUUUUUGUAACGUGUAUUUCACCGACAUGGUAACGUAGUGUUUAGUUGGCUUGUGACACAUCGGCAAUUUAUACGGAAAGUGGCGGACAUAAAUAUAAAUUAUUUUGAUAAUGAAUUGUGUACAUACAUAUUAGUGUUAUUCACUAAUUGACAUUAAGCCACAUUGCGAGUUUACACUGACAUGAAUCCAGGCCCGGUCACAAAGGUUGUAGAUGUACUGAAAUAAUUAGUAAGCAUAUAGAAGCGGAACGGUCACUUCGAGUGAUUAGUGCCAGCAUGGGUGUGCCCGUUUUCACCGACCACGAGACACUCGACUUCUAAACAAGUUUAGAAGUUAUCUAAUACAAUAUAAGAACCUAUCAUGGAUAUUAUUAAGAUUAUAUAAAGAUGCAACAUGGAUUUGGGCUUAAAGGGUAAAAUGUUUACAAAUCAAUAAAUAAACUAUUUGAACAGUCACUUCUGUGGUCAAAUAUAUUAUCUCAAUCAAAGUCCCACGAAAAGGAAAAUAAAUCAUUUUAACGAAUACAAGUUGUUUCACCAAGAAAGAAAUAUUAAUGGAAUUUAUUAAAAUUGUUCAAACAGUUCAAUGAACGCUACACUUAUUCAUCGAUUCUGUGAAUAUUUUUUUUUAGUAAGAAAACUCUUUGGUAAAUAACUAAAUUCUAUCGAAAUCAAUUUGUUAAAUUUUCUAUUCCAUAUAUCCAAUAUAAUAUAUCCCUUGCAUCAGAGAACUUUAGUAUAUUUUGAAGUAAUUUAUUUGAUAUUUAUAUGAUGUCCUUAACUGUAACCUAUUAACCGCAGUAGUUUGUGAAAUUGUUGAUACCUGAUCACUUUUGCCCUAAAUAUUAUAAUCUGAUAUUCUAUCAUCAAGGAGAGGCUGUAUCCGCGAUGUGCUCUGGUGUCGCUUCAUUGGGUGAGUGUGAACUCGGGCAUUACUCGUAAUAUAAAUAUGAGCUAUAUUGUGAUAAUUGUGGUUCACUCUGAUAGUUUGCAAAAGACGUAUGAAGAAGUCAAAUUAAUGUUGCACGCUUUACUCAAUUUGCUGUGAGCCUAGAGAUAUAUUCGAAUAUUUUGUAUGAAGUGUAUGAAAUAUUUUUAAUACCUAUACCACUGCGAGAAAAUGGAAUAAAUCGUAAAAACGCUUUAUAAAGCCACAACAUUACAACCACGUUGGUUAAUUGCUCACUGUGGCUUAACCUAAUGUAUUACAAGUUAUGUUAUAUUUUGUAGGUAAUAAUUGAAUUGUUUUACAAUAACGUAGUUAUAUGUUAUAUUGUGGUUGUAUUGUUUCAUAUCGAAGGUGUUUUAUUAUUAUAUAAGUUGAAACAACUUAUUGUGAUCGUUUCUGCGUUACAUUUAAAGUUGUUACUAAACUUAUGAGUGAUAUCAAAUUAAGAGCGUCUCUUGCAUGAAAUUACAUGAAUAAUUUAGAAAAUUAUUGGAUAUACAAUUAACUCAAAUAUGCUACUGUUUGUCUGAGGUUAUAAUUUUAUCAUACUCAUUGAACUAUGUCGGUUUUGUGACAUAUUUCUAGCUAACGUUAUAAUUACCUGGCAACUUAGCCAGUGUAUGAAGAACGCGGCGUGUACAAUCUUUCCUUUCUGCCAAAGUAUAAGAUCAAAUGCUCACGCACAUGUUAUGAAAACUGUUGUAUUUAGCUGAUUAAUGUGCGUUGAACAUAAUAUGUGUAUUUGUACGUAUUAGAUUUAUUUAUGUGUGCGAUCAUGACGACUUAAAACGAUGUUACUGUUGCAUUUUCUAUGUAGUAGUUACAUUGAAAGUGUAACAAUUCUUUGUUCGGCAAAAAGCGCAUGCCGCGUCCUUUCUAGAUGGUCUAUGUUUGACACACGUAAGUAAUUAUUCCUUUCUGAAUGGCAAAUUUCAUAAUGAUAACGUUGUUACUUGUACGCAACAUACGUAUUAUUAUGCGCUGCCAGUUUAUUAAAUUAAUCAUAAAUAAAAUAACUUAAUGCAUCAAGAUGGAAACAGUAGCAAUCGCGUAUCAACGUCUUUAUAUAGUACAAUAUCACACGCGUGAUUGUUUUUUAAAUAUAUUAUGAAUGUCGAAAUAAUGAUUUGAAAAAUUCCGAACAUCACCUACGUUACGUAUUUGUGACUUAUCUUUAUGUAUUUUACCAAGUAGUAUAAAUAUCAGCAGUAUCAACUUACAUUGACACAUUUUGGACAAGUGGACGAUGGCAAGUGUGAACACUCUAUAUAAUAUGAUAAUUUUAAAAUUUAUUAUGAUCAAUAAUGAAUUAAGUCAGGCUGACGUGCUGACAGUGGCUCUCGAGCGUCUCAUUUUUCGUAGUCGAUAUUAUGUUAUGAUUAUUCUGAAUGUACUAAUUAGUUUAUUGUAGUGAGUAUAAAUAAAAAACAAAUAAUGAAAUUUCGCCCGCGAUACUUUUAUAAGAUUUUUCAACGCGGAUAUUUUUACGAGGCCGUCUAAAUCGUUCAUGUCAUCUCAACAGAUAGUUACUAGCCAAUUUUACAGAGAAUGCAGUUUUAAGAAACUACUUUUUAAUAUAUUAUUCUCAGUUUUAUCAAGGUGCCAGAACACCUUUUAAGCAACUUAAACCGUUUAAACCUUUUCAAAGCCUAUUUUAAACUCCACGCCCAGUUUACUUUGUAGACCGGCGCAAGACACUGAUGCACCAGUCACCACUUUACUCAGCAGAUGAUAUAUAUGAUGAAUAGAUGAAGUAGAUUCUACUACUGAAGGCUACAGAAGGAAGGCGAUCACGUUGCGAGUUCGUACAUUUUUAAAUAAUUAUCAGUUAUCUACUUAAAAAAUCUGGUGUAAGGUUGCUUUUGAUUUGUGUUACGAUAACACAAGCGCCGCUCGCGGAUUGCGAACAGGAUGACAUAGGACUGCGAAAGUUUUGUAAAUACUACCAUUCGUCAGAUCUGGACGCAUAUUGGGAUUUGUAACAUAUGACUGAAGGCUAACCAAGUAUCGCUCCACGCUAGACACAAGCAAAGGUGGAUUAUUGAUUAUUUGAAAUGGUACUCAAUGAUAUAAAAAUGACACAAUUUGUCGCACCCAUCAGAAACUUGUCCUGCAUUAUACGUCGCUGCGAAUGUAAGUUGCGUCAUCUGCGUGUUUUGAGACACCAAAGAUAAAGGAAAUGUUUUUAGUUAUAUCAUCAGGAGCCUGUGAAUCUUGAUUAUUGUAUUUAAUGUUAUCUUGUGAUUUAUUAACACGAACGCCGUCGAGCAAUGAAAAUAAAGCACGUAUGCUUAUAAUACCACCGUACAUUUUAUAUUGUAAGUUCUUUCAUUAUAAGAUAUUGCAACAAACAUAUCACCAUAAUAACAAUUAUUGUUAUAAAUACGCUCGUAUUACGAUUUGUAACCAAAAUUAUUUGUAUAUUUAGGUUAUUACAAUUAUUUUUUUCAUUAUUAUUUGCA